AUGUUCAGCACUUCCGAUCCAGUCCUUGUUAACGGGUGUGCACCAAUUGAGGAGCAGUCCUCACAGGCACCAGAAGUGUCCGCAACGACAAGACUUUCACCCAUGGAAGGUCGACGCUCCGAUGUGCUCGGGUUUCACGAUGCAAACACUCCAAGGGAUGCACGCUUUGAACGAAAACAUCGGGAUUCCAUAAAAGAUGAGCGCAUAAGGCGGUUGGAGAAUAACCAGAACUUGUAUAUACGUGCUAUACAACUGUAUGAACAAUCGCAGAAGGGAAUGGAGGCUGAGCUCAAAAUUUUGCGAAAGGAAGUGGAACAGAUGAAGUUUUAUUAUGAAAUUGAAAAAGAAUCGCAGUUGGCAGCCGAGGGAACUGAUGAAAAAGAGGUAACGAAAACAGAUGGUCGAGAAAAACGCCUUGGAACCAAAGGCAACGUCGUCGCUCUCCAGGGAAGGAAAUUACGUCAAACCUACGACCAACUUACGCAUUACUGGGUUUUACUCAGCGACGCAGAGAGUGAUCGAGCCCGGCUACGACGGGAAAUCGAAGAGUUGAGAAGAAACGCCGAACUGGAAAGGGAAGAGUAUAAGGCUUCAAGAGUAGACUGGAGGAAACACUGUGAGAAAAUGGUGGAGCAACUUCGGAAGUUAUUGGAAAAGGAGGAGAAGCGCGUUCGCAUUCUCGAGAAGGAAAGCUUAAGCUCCCAGAAAAACAUGGAGACCCUUGUGGAAGGAUUAGCAGAGCGUGAUAGGACAAUAGCGGAAAAUGAAGCGUUACUAAUGGCAUUACAAAAGGAGAAGCAGAGAUUCGAAAUUGAACGUCGAGAGAUUUCCAAUAAACUGGAAGAAACACGAAAAGUGUUCAAGGAGGCCAUGCUUACAAUGGAACGUUUGUGCGACGACGUCAACGCGUCUUCCGAAAAAGCUGAGAGACAAUGGCUAUUGGAGGAGGAUUUCGCAGCUAGUGAAGGCGAACUUUUUGGGCAGUUUCGCGAAGUAGUGAAAUCUGUAAAUGCAAGCAGUGGACGGUUUAAGCUGUUGGAACGACGUCUAGAAAUUUAUGGUGAAAUAGGCGAACAAGAAGGAAGCAGUAGCGAUGAGCGCGAUCUUGGAGACAAGAACAAUGCACGGAAGAGUAAACAUGAUGUGUGCUGUGGUGGUGCUGACUUUGGAACUUCCUGGGUCGAGGAGUCAGAUGAGAACGGUUCUAAUAUGGAGGGUGAGAAAGAACAUAAGGACUGCGAAUAUCUCGUUAACGCCGCAAGAGAGGUGAUCUUUCUUUAUCUUAUAACCACCUUUUUCUCCAAAAGGCAGUCCAACUUAUGCAUGGCUGAAUAG